GACGAUCAUCUAGUGCUUGCUCGUUAUGUCUGUUGAAGCAGGCGCGAAACCGGGCUCCUGUGCGUCUUCUGGAAAGCUCGCGGACGAGAAAGGGAGAGUGGCUGUCCGCGAAGAUGCAGAGGAACGUGGAGGCAUCUAUCGCGAGGAUAUCGAUACCUCGGGGGUCAACGAACGCAAGCUCUUGCGCAAAGUCGACAUGAGAUUGAUUCCUUGGUUGUCUUUGCUUUACUUGCUGAGCUUUCUGGACCGGACAAGUAUCGGGAACGCUAAGCUUUAUGGAUUGGAAACGGACUUGCACAUCACGGACAAGCAGUAUCUGCUGUCUCUUACAAUAUUUUUCUUCCCGUACGCACUUUUUGAGGUCCCCUCGAAUGUAUUUCUGAAACGACUCAGACCGUCAAUCUGGCUGUCCGCUAUCAUGCUAUUAUGGGGCGUCAUGAUGGCCGUGCAGGGAUUGGUGCAUAAUUUUGGAGGACUAAUGGGCAUGAGAUUCAUGUUGGGUCUUAUGGAAGCGGGCCUCUUCCCUGGUGUGAAUUACUACCUAUCAUGUUGGUACAAACGUUCAGAAUUCGGCAUACGUGCCGCUAUCUUCUUCUCUGCCGCUUCGGUGUCGGGUGCGUUUGGAGGGCUGCUUGCUGCAGCUAUAUCUGACAUGAAAGGCGUCGGCGGAAAAUCCGGGUGGUCAUGGAUCUUCAUCCUCGAAGGUUUAGCCACCGUGCUCGCAGGAGUGCUCAGCUUCUGGGUCAUCCAAGAUUUCCCAGACACUGCGAAGUUCCUGACCGAGGAAGAGAGGGUGGUGAUAAUUCGGAGGUUGCAAAGCGAUGAUCAGUUCAGUGCAGCGGGGGAGAGGUUGAGGUGGAAGUGGAUCUGGAAGAGUGUCUUUGAUUGGAAGACUUGGGUCGGAAUGAUAGUCUAUGUUGGGAGUGAUAUGCCGCUUUACGCGUUCAGUCUGUUCCUGCCUAGUAUCAUCAGCCAGGUUCGCUUCAAGUCAACACCCGCAAACUUACUCACUGUUCCCGUCUACGCCUUUGCCUGCCUCGUCACUUGUCUCGUCGGAUGGUAUGCCGAUCGAAUCAAACAGAGAGGACUGUUGAACAUUGGAUUCCUUUUCCUCGGGGGAGCAGGAUACAUCAUCUUGAUUGCAUCGAGAAGCGCUGCCCUGUCAUAUUUCGCUGUUUAUCUCGCGACUUGUGGUAUAUAUCCACUGAUUCCGAAUACUAUCGCGUGGGUCUCCAACAACGUAGAGGGAUCAUAUAAACGAUCUGUGACGAUAGCCAUGGUCAUCUCUUUCGGUAACAUCAACGGAGCAGUUUCUUCCAACGUCUACCGAUCCGAAGACCAACCUUGGUACACCCUCGGUCAUGGUCUCGUCCUGAUGUAUAUCGGCUUCGGCAUUGUAGCGUCUUCCACCUAUUACUUUUUCCUACGUCGCGAAAACGCUAGGCGUGACAGGGGUGAACGCGAAGAGGUCAUCGAAGGCAAAGAGAGCGAAGCGGCCAGGGAGGAGAGGGCGAGAAGGAACGGAAGGUUUGAGAGCGUUGAAGCGGCGAGGACGGAGAAGGGGGAUGAUUGGAGCGGUUAUCGGUACACUCUUUGA